UUCUGCAUUUGCGUGAAGAAAGAGACUACCAAUUACUAAGUGACAUGUUUAUCUUCUACUGCUUAUUAACUUCAAAUUCCAACCUUUAUUCAUCAAUAAGCAAAAUUUUCCUUCCAAUCCAUGGCAGCUCUCACUGUUGGCAAUUGUUGCCGUAGCAAAGGGGUACGUGCUAAUGAAUUUUCAAACAGAGAAAGACCCAGAAUUUUCGUUCUAUUAUCUUGCCAGGGUAGAACACCAAAUCCCGAAGAGAAGAAAGACAUGGGAGAAGGGAAGUUAACCUUGUUGAAAUGGAAACUUCUAAAUGAUUUUGGGAAGCUUGGGAAGAGGGUGAAGCAGAAUUUGAGUCCGCAGCAAAAGGGUGAUUGGAAAGACUUGUUGCUAAUGAGUAUAUCUUUUGCAGUUUAUGUGUACAUAUCCCAGAUGUUAGUGUGUGCUUAUUGUGUUUGGACUUCUAUGCCCAAACAAAUGUGGUAGUCACUCACUAGUUACUUCUUAUAGGCACUGCCCUUUUCAUUUGUAGAAAAGAUAUGUGAUUAUAAGCACUGCCCAUUUAUUUGCACUUGUGAUAUAGGAUGAUGUGCUUUACAUUUGGAAAAUGUUCAUGUGUACAAAAAAAUUGGCGUGGUUGAAGUUUUACUAAUACGAGUGGUAUGUUAGUACAUGGUAAUUGAUGAUGUCUGUGUGCGGCCAUUUUUAAAUUAUUAUUACUACUUUGGUUACUUAUAUAUUCAUGUGAUUCUGUGUGCUAAAUGGCACUCUUUGUGA